AUGGCCUUAGGCAAGCUUCCAGACAAUGCUGUAUAUGUUGACGAUAUUCUGUUAGUUGGAAAUGAUCUCUCUGAAAUGCUGUCCUUGAAGUCUUAUUCGGAUACCACUUUUAAGAUCAAGGAUUUGGGUCUUGUUCACUAUUUUCUGGGGCUGGAGAUCUCUCUUAUUCCUCAAGGGUAUAUUAUGAGUCAACACAAAUUCACUUCUAAUCUUCUUUCUGAAUUCAAAUGUCAGCAUUUUUCUUCUGUUUUGACACCCUUGGAUCCUUCUGUCAAACUCACUAUGGACAUGGGGGAACCUAUAUCUGAUCCUAGCCUCUAUAGACGCCUGGUUGGAAAGCUGAAUUUUCUGCAGAACACCAGGCCUGAUAUAUCUUUCUCAGUACAACAUUUGAGUCAAUUUCUGCAAAAGCCUCAGGUUCCUCACAUGAUGGCUGUGUUACAUGUGCUUCGUUAUCUAAUGAAAGAUCCUGCUCAGGGUGUUCUUCUAUCCAGUUGUCCAGAUUUUUCUCUUCUAGCUUAUUCUGACUCUGAUUGGGCUUCUUGUGUGAUAUCUCGCAAAUCUGUUAGUGGCUAUUUUAUUACUCUUGGGGGCAGUCCUAUCUCUUGGAAAAGUAAGAAGCAGCCUACCAUUUCUCUAUCCUCUGCUGAAGCUGAAUAUAGGGCGCUUCGCAAGGCAGCUGCUGAGGUUUCUUGGUUAGUUCGUCUCUUGGGCGAUCUUGGUUUACACAUUACCAGCCCAGUUUCGAUGUUUUGUGACUCACAAGCUGCUUUACAUAUGGCUAAAAAUCCUGUUUUUCACGAACGAACGAAGCAUAUUGAGAUUGAUUGCCACUAUGUUCGUGAGUGUUUGACUUCUGGUUUACUUUCUCUUCAUUAUGUUUCUUCUUCUGAUCAGUUAGCAGAUAUUAUGACAAAAGCUCUUACUGGACAGCCUCAUCAUGAACUUCUCUCCAAGCUUGGUGUGAUAUCACCCUCCAGCUUGAGGGGG